AAUAGACAGAAAUUCACAGUUUCAGAAAAAAAAUUGUUGAGGAAAACUGAAUCGGACGCCAGCAGCUUUUUGGAUAUCAAAGUGAGAAGAAAAAUUUCCAGUAACCCGUUACUUCAGAAGAACCUAAAUUUUCUGCAAACGUAUAACAACAUUUUCCGCCGACCAUCUUGCAAUCAAUUUGGCGACGCAGAAACCUAUUUCAGACAGACGCUCAGAAACGAACCCUUCGACUUGAUCAGAGACCUGAAUUUGAGUCACUUGGUGAGACCCACUAAAUCUCUAGAGGGUGUAGGUAAGAGAAAACCGAGGUCCCAUAGAACUCUCCUGUCUCCAAAAUCAACCACCGAACACAGACAAUCGAAGUACACCCCGAGAAGUUUACCAAGCGAAGAAGGGUCGCUGCAUUUCAAAGAGCUUUAUUCGAAGCAAAUCAACAACGAAUCUUCUGAUAGCAGCAGCGAAAGUGAAGACAAAGAUUACUUCUCCCCUAAAACCGAGCCGUUGAUUGAUCUCGAAGAGGUCGAAGAAAAUUCAGAGGAAGAAUCUACUGCGAGAGCAGAAGACCUUGAUAUUAGCGAUAGAUUAGAUGUUUUACUAAAGGAAGAGAAAAAUAUAAUCAUGGCGGAAGAAGAAGAUGCUCCGUUAGAUGAAAUGGAAGAUCAAGCAGAGGAAAACGAUGCCACUAGGGGCGAUGAAGAGUACAAUGAAUAUGCCACAGAGAACGAGUACGAAGGUAUGGGAGAGGAAGAAGACGAUGAAAUGAAGGAAGUGGAAAAGAUGAUCGAAAGAGCUUCUAAAGAAUUACAGCAGGUUGUCGAUGAAAAUAAAGACCUGAUGGAAACCCUCAACGAAGAUGACGACGGUGAACAGAAUGUAGACGAAAAAGCUGGUGGUCAGAGUGGCGACGGUCCUCCUUCAAAAUUCGACCCGAUCAUCGAUAUGGCCGUGCUGAGAGAAUUGGAGGCAGCCGAAAACGAGGCCAAACAAACCGCGAAGAUCAUCGAGGACCUCAAAAUGCGCGUCACGGAACUGUCUAAGAAGGAUAAGAUGACGGAGGCGGAAGCGAAAGAGCUGGAGAACAAGAACCAGGAACUGAAAGCCCACAUGGCCGUGUUCGAGGAGAAGACCAAGCGCAUCCAGCAGCUGAUAGGACAGACCAUCAUGUUCGGUGAUAUGCCUCUCGGGAAAUCGCCAUGGUCGCCACAGGUCAAACACAACGAAGAUGUGCUACCGAAAGUUGUCGUUUGCGGGUUCACAGAGAACAACAUUCCCAAGAUUCUGAUUUGCGACGACAAGAAGAAGAGAUGUACGCCCAAAUCUACUGGAAGAAAACAAGAUUCUCCGAGAACUGAAAUCACGAAGAAAUUGAAUGAAUGUUACUGCAUGCAAGAAAAAUUGGCAGCAGAAAAUGCCGAUUUAGAAGGAAAAAGAUAUAAGUUACAAUCAGACAUUGCGAAUCAAGACCAAACAGUAGAAUAUCUUCAAAGGCAACUUGCCACGAUGCAAAAUGACAUGCGCAUGGUCUGCCAAGAAAAUACUCUUUUGAACCAAAAAUUGCAAAACCAAAUUUCAACCCCCUGCGGUCCAAACAGAAGUCGUUCCUCAUCUCCAGAACCAAAAAAGAAAAUGCCUUGCGGAAAAUCGAAAGGUAUCUGUCCUGCAGAUAUCGAAUACCGCCUACAGGAAUAUUCCGAGAACACAGAACACUUGGAAAAACAAUUGGGAGACAUGGAAUCCGAGGUGAAAGCAAUGCAGAAAGAACUAAUCGGAGUUCAGAAGGAGAGGGAACAUCUGGAACACCACAGAAAAAUGUUAUGUCGUCCACCUCCAUGUUUGUCACCUCAUCCCUGUAUGCCUUCACCAUGUAUGCCACCACCAUGUGAACAAAAAUCAACAUCUUCUGACACACAGCUGAGGGAACUCAGGGAACAAUACAACAGGUUGCAAGACGAUUUCAAAAACAAAUUAACCGAAGUCGCCGGUCUGAGGGCCGACAACGAAAAGUUGAAAGACAAAACCAAGCUGGCAGAAGAAACGAAAAAAGCCGCAGAAGAUAAAGUCAGAGAAUUGGAGAACGAACUGAAGGCACUGAAAGGCAAAGGACCGAAGGGAUCUGGCACCAGAGAACAAUUGAUCGAGAUGGAACAACAGUUGACUGUUGCCAAACAAAGAUUCAGGGAAGCUCAAGACGAACUAGAGGAACUCAGAUCGCUUGUCGAAGAUCAACAAACCCAGCUCGACGACUACAGAAAUAAAUACCUGGAAGCUCAGCAGACAGUUGAAGAGCAAAGAAGACAAGCCGACCUAAUGGAAAUGGAAAACCAGCGAAUAAGCGAGCAAGUCAACCUAGAAAUCCAGAGAGUGAAGAAUCAAUUCCAAGAAAAGCUGCACGAGCUCAUGCCGCUUCCCGAUAUCCUGAAAUCGACCCAAAUGAAGCUCCAGGAAGCCCAACAGAUGCACAUACUCGCCGAAAGGAACAACGAAGCAAUCGCUAGAGAACUGCAACUCUACAAAGACAAAAUAACCGCGAUGAACAACCAGAUGAACGAGGUUCGAAGUGACCAACAGCUCGGCGAAGACGCCAAAGCAAGCCUAGCGACAAAAAUAUCCGACUUGGAAGAGCGCUUGGAAGAAGUGCUACAAGAAAACGUGCAGCUCAAAUUCGACUUGGAAAAUCUGCAAGAGAAAGCUGAUGAUUUCGAGAAAUCGGCCGCUGAACGCCUACACGAAAUCACCCAACUAGACAGUCAGCUUGAGAACCUGCGCGAGGAAACUGCAAGACAAGUUGCACGCACAAAAGACAGAUGCGAGAUCAUAAGGAGGUCCAUGCAGAAUCAAAUUUCCGAUAUGGAAAGACAGCUGGCGCAAAGCAGGGCUCUCGCCAAGGCAGCACAGAAAGACAGAGACGAUAUCAGGCAGAAAAUGCAAUCGCAGAUAAGCAACUUGAAUGAGAACUUCGAGGAUGCACAGAUGAGGAUCAGGAAUCUGCAGGGCCACGUUAAUUUCCUGAAGAAUUCUUAUGGGAAUGUUUAUCCCGAGCAGUCCGAAGUAACUCCGAGUGCUAUGCCGGAUCCUUGUAGCUGCAGUGCCAACUACUGA